CCCGGACGCAAGCGGUGGUGGCGGAAGCCGCUGAGGACGCGUGAGGUUUCCAAGUUACCCACCGUACUUCAUCUGUGAGGUAGUGGGCUUGGAGGGUAGCGAUGUCAGAGAAAAAGCCUCCGGUAGAUUUGGGUCUCCUAGAGGAGGACGACGAGUUCGAGGAGUUCCCUGCCGAAGACUGGGCUGGUUUGGAUGAAGAUGAAGAUGCCCAUGUUUGGGAAGAUAACUGGGAUGAUGAUAAUGUAGAGGAUGAUUUCUCCAAUCAGUUACGAGCUGAACUAGAGAAACAUGGUUAUAAGAUGGAGACUUCAUAGCAUCCAGAAGAAGUAUUUAAGUACCCUCAGAACUGUGUACUAAAUUCUAGGGCAAAGAACCCAGGAUGGAAUGUUUCUAAAAAUAUGUUUAUUUCAUUAUCUGCUUGAAUUUUUCUGUAACA